CUGCGUCACCGCAUAAUACACUGCGACGAUAUCUUCAAUAGUUUGGCAGGACCAAAUUGUUUACAUCAUAGUAACAUUCUUGACUCUGAUCUUGUACGAAAGAAAGGUGCCUUGAGAACUAUCGCAGUAUCAUUUCGUAUUAAAAAUCGCGUUUGAAAACGAAUCGCACAAUGCCAGCGUCUCGAACGGUUCUACAGAACCAAACAAUUGUCUACGCUGUAGUAAUUUUCCUGGUGUAAAUUUCGCACAAAGAGAGUGCUUCGUUUAAAAAGUGUACACAGUAAUAACUCAUCUUUUGUAUAAAAAAAAAAGCGGCGUCCCUCGUUUAAGAAGAGACGCAGAAAUCGGUCGAGGAGACCUAUCCAAUUCGAGGUCGGCGAACAAUUUCUCCGGGCGCAUUAGAGCGUGCGAAAGAAGAAACGCUAACAAACGAGCAACACCGAAAAAAGACAAGUUGCACGCCGGUGCGGAUGUUGGCGUCCUAUUGUCUGGUUCUUCUGCUCGGCCAGGUCGAGAACCGACUCUCGGGGAGUGCCCCCCCUAUAGAUUGAACCGACCACUUGUUCCAAUCGGUCCGAAACAAUCUGAAACUGUCAGGACUACGGGCCCCAUGGGCUUCGCCUGGUAAUAAAUGGAAACUUGGCGGCACCGUAAACUCCGUGAACGGGAACGCGAGAGGGAAGAAGAUGAAUUUUAACAAGCCGCCGGGCCGACCGACACGAGCAUACACGGAUAAACGACAACCGAUAUCGCGGAUCCGCAAACCGAUGGGCAAACUAUCACGACUCUUACGCUACACUCUUAGGUACACGAUGUAAUACUAAAUAUGCAGAUCGUCCGAGCAUCAGAAGAAGGCAACGUUUAUCGGAUCACGGCGAGGACGAGGAACGGGACAUUGUAAAGUCAAGGGAAUUUUUUAAUUUACAACUUUCAAGAGGGGUAUUUUUUUUUUUUCAAGCUUUUUUUUCCGUAGUUGUAGCAGCGAUGGUUUAUAGAAUUUUGUAAACAAGCAAUAUAGUAAAUAUAUAGUUUUGAAUAAGGGAAUCAAGUUGUAAUAUAAAGUGAAUUUUCCUGAGGAAUUUACACGUCGACACGCUUCCAGUUACGGUAAUUGCUUUAACGGCCAACUAAUCGCACAGCUCGAUUGGCUGUACUCGUAACAGAGCAGAAAAGAUACUAUUAAAAUUAAAAGACACGGAGGCGUCGCGAUAUUUUUGUUCGUUUUGGGGAAACGUAUAUUUUAAUGGAUAAUCCACGGUAAUAAUUUUUUGUUCCAAGUUACGAGAUCGCCUAUUUAAGCCGCAAAUGUUUGCAUCGCCGCGAAUGGACCAGCUCGAUCCGUGGUUCCAGAAUCACUGAGACAACGGUAAACCACCGUCCGUGUGUCGCGUCGAGGGGUAAGAAAGAGAUAGAAGAAAGGUGGAGAAGAGACGGACGGGAGGAAGGAACUGCAAGAAGGGAAGAAAGAGCGAGACAGAGAGGGAAUAUCGCAUACCUGAGUGAACAGGUGUGCCAGAGUGGACGACGAAGUGAGUUGCUGUCCAACCGAUGGCGGCUUGGCCAACGAGCAGCCUGUUAAGUCCCUUCUUGAACAGGGACGCAAUCACUGACCGAUUUCUGAAUUCGCCGCGACUUCGCGACGGAAUUCCACUCGAGAAAGUAAAAUUGUUAAUCGCCCCGAAAUCGGCUCGACUCGUCGACGAUACGAUAUUUUAUUUCGAUUCAUCCGAACGUAUCCAAAAGCGUGCUGUAAAGCGAGUGACAUUUCGAAGUACGAGUACCGAAACGUUCCAUCAAUUACAUCAGGCACGACGGUGUAAUUGAGCUCACGAUCGUCGCUACUUUCUCCGCUGGACCGAGAGCAUUCGAAUGCCAACGUUUGCGCCGAAUGCACUCGCCGAGUAAACGGUUGUCUUCGUUUAAUCUUGAAAUUUGCUUCGUUUACGGGAAGUAUGGGGUUCGACGUUUGCGUCACUCGAUAAUUAAAUCCCCUUCGUUGCGGGAAAUCCUCGUCGCCGCGGUUUACUCCGAACGACUCGUACUCGAAACUGUUAUAUUUGUUUUCGUUGUUAUCGAUGCGCCGUUAUCUAUGAGUAAGUGCAAUAAUUAUCGUAAGGAAAGGAGUGCAACAUCUUUGAAUAAUGGGAAGAUAUGGAGCGGCGAGUAACGAUUGUACUUUCAAAAGGUUUGUAUUUUUUGAAGUGAAAUCGUUUCGGUAGUCGAAACAAUAAAGUUUGAACAGACUUUUUAUUGCUAAAGAAAUGAGGGUUGUAUGUACAUAUUAUCAAUUCUAGUUUCGAGAGUACAAUUUAAGAAUAAAUAAAACAGAUAAUAAAGGGGACCGAGAGUGUUUUAGUUAUAAAUAAAAUUAAUCUGACAAUUGUGAGUGAGCACUGGAAUAGCAAUCACAAAGCAAACACUGCUCUAGAGUCUAGAGUUCAGUAUAAGCAUGAACAAAUUGCAUAGGCGUGUAUAUUAAUUUCUAGAGGCGCGUGUCUAACGUGCGAAAUGUUUACAAAUUUUCAAAUGUUACAAAAUCAAGCUUCUCGUUAUAAAACAUAUAAUUGAUGAAUGUCGAGGAAUAUAACAGGAUCGAACAGGGGUUGAAACUUACGAACAAUAUACAGUUAAUUAUCAAUAAUAGCAACGUCGUUAUAUAGUGAUAAAAUAGUUACAAAAUACGUUAAAAGGCCAGCUGCGAACCCUACUAGCGAAUUACAGCCAUGGGCACGUAGGUAGCCGAGGAAUAGCAAGUUAUUAUCUUGCUCGGUACGCCUACCAGUGGAACGAGUUCAAUCGAAGAGUUCGAUCGUUCUGGCCGAUUAAGCGCCAUUGUGUUUGCUUGUCUCGAGCAGGUGUCCCGAAGACAGAUAUUGCUUGCACGCGACAACGUUAAGAAUUAUCGAUGCCACGAUUAAUGUACGGUCGAUUUUAAAUCCGACGACGAGCUUGUGAAUAAACCUGUGUCCAAUUUUGUAUCGAGUGCCUACGCGUGCUGACGGGAAUAGAAUAUACGUGCAUAAUUCUGCAUUGUAAAAUUCAAAGUGCAACUGCAUUUAUUCGCGCACGGUUUAAGUAAAUUCUAGAGUGACAUCGAUAUAGUAUUCUUAAUGACAAAGGUUUUCAAAAGAUACAAACAGUUUUAUCUUGACUAAAGUAAGUUACAUUUAAUGCAACGCGUGUUGACUGAAAAAGAAAAACUGGAAGCCCCUUCUGAAGGACCCUUUAUCAUUUAACGUAACACUUGCAGCCGCAAGAAACGCGAUAUGCGACGAGGGAGGAAACGGAAUUUGCAAGUGAAUCGCUUCGACGAAGAAGAAAGAGCCGAUAGGUGAGCUGGAUCCAAAAACAGUUGCGUAGAACAAUACGUUCGCGAGCUGUUUAAUUCAACGGACGCGGCAACGUUCUUCUCAGACUCGAGGCUUUUUGCAGAAUUCCGAGAAGACAAUCGGCCCGAACGAGGUGGAAGCGCGAAGUACAGACACGAGGUAAUAAAUCAGGGCUCCGAUUGAAAUUUAAUGAGGAAGGCGCUGGAUGCCCCACAGGUGUACGUUCGCUCUUAAACGCGUAUAAUCCGCCUGCACCCUCUCUCGCAUCCCUUUUCUGCCAGGAUGCUCGGUUGCUCGCUGUUAAAAGCUACAUUCCAUCGGCCAAACAACCAGUUCUGAAUCGGUUUCGAAUUCUCGAUGACUCAUGAAUCUUGGAUCGCGAGGAACUAUCUCUGUCGGAGGAGAGGAAAGAGCGAAACAAGCGUCGAAAUUGCCUGAUACGUAUCGAUAAAAACGCAAACGCGCCCGAUUGGCCCAUUAUCCGCAUUACAGCCAUUGUCUCCCUAAUACACCGUCAUAAGUUGCGAGCGAUUUAUUGUCCACGCGAUCUCGGAGGACGUAUUGUUUGGAGAAUCACGUGAGAAAAUUAUAGAGGAUCGACUCGGGUGCUACCGAUUCCGUCCUCUUGGGCACUCCAACAGGAAGGACGAACUAUGUUUCGGAAACUCACGGUGAAAUCAAGUGGACCUAAUCUUCGACUCGCGUGGUUCUCGAAACAACAAAUUUUCUAAAAAUAAAACAGGAUAAACAACGGAAUUUUAAAAAUCGCGAUAUUUCGAAUUUUUAAUAUUCGUCCAGAUAAGAAUGUUGGCCAUCUCUGAUUCACAUGGAUACGUCGGGCUAAUUUUGUUAAAAACAACAACGAUGUUUUUCUUCUUAUCUCUGACAGACGAUGGAGCACGCAUCGAGAAUGUCGCGCCCGUACGAGGAGCUUGCUACACCGAUCGAGAUGCAAUAAAGAGAUAAAGUAGAAAUAAAUUAUGCACAAGUAAUUUUCCGAGUAUGAAAAUAACGAAUAAUCAGGAAGCAAGCAUGCUUCAUGCAAAUAGUUUCGUUGAAAAGUGAUCGAUUGGAGAUUGACUAUGAUUUACAGAUGCGUUGAAAUAUUACAUUAGUUAGAUUAGUAUUUACGUUACUAUUUGCAUCAACAAUCUGUACCAAGAAGAACAAAAAUAAAGGCAUAUUGUAGCUUUUCUAUUGUUCAGGACAAUUCGUAAGCGAUGUUACGAUAAGUAAAUACUAAAGUGAUAUGGUUGCAAACAUGAUUGCAUCGCACAGAUACUAAAAACGUCAAGAUGGUGCACGUGUUCUAAUCAGAAUUCAUUAGGAAUCCAACGUAUUUUUAUCGUGAUAUAUUCCCUCCAGUGUCAGAAUAUUUGUUUGGUCAGCCCCUGAGCAAUGUAGUCUUCUAUUUUAUGACUAAACGUGUCCAAACGACUAAGCUUAUUAUUUCAAUAUGAAAGGGAUAGAGUUUCGAAACCGGAGUUCUACUUGUAAAAAUAGAUAGAGAACGUGGAAAAACUUUCCAAGAAAAAUAAUAAUUUAUCAUUGCCUACAUUCAUUGGGAUAGAUAUACAGAAAUAUAGAAGCUACAUGAACGCGUUGGCCGCCAGACUGAAAUUCGUGAAAAUUUUAUAAAACACUUUCAUAUCAACCAUUACAAAUUACAGCCGGAAACGCUAUUAUUUUAUCGGCUUGCUCUGUCUAUAACGCAUUCGCAGGACUCGGCGAAGCGAUACGCGCCCUUCCAGUGCCAAGAGGUUCCCCACCCCUGUCUCAAACUGUCAUAUCGCGAAGAACGCAAUUGUUAGAAAUUGUCCAGGUGGCGUAAACCCUUGUGAGGAAUAUCGUGGAGCAACACUCGGGCUCCCUAGUGCCAAAAGGUUCCCCACCCUUGCCACGAAAUUCCCGAUAGCGAAGAAGAGGAGCGUAUAUACACAUAGGAACUGCAACCGGGGAGUCUGCCGUCGGGGCCGAGACCGAGACAGGCUUGCUCCAGCAGGCGAGCAAGUGCCAGUUGCUCGGCGGCAGUUGCCACGGCUGGACAUACAUUUGCGUCCUUUCCUGGCGGAGUCCUCCUCUUUGCAUGCCCAGCUACCCCCAGCUGCUCAGCUCUCGACCCCCGUCGCGGUACGAAAAAGAGAGUCGUUCGAGAUCCUCUGUAAACGGGCGGCCCGGUGAGCGGAAGAAAGUGGCAGCCAAGAGGAACGCCGGGAGAUCGCAAGGCGAGCGCAAAACGGUGGACAAGAAGAGAGAUCAUGAAAAGGAGGAUGCCAUGUGCCAGGAACAGUGAGUGCGUGUGAGUGACCGUGCAUGUACGUGCGUGUCGGACCAGUGGCUUCGGUCCUUCGACCCUCGAGGACGUACUCACCACCCAGCCCGUGGACACGAUGAUGAUCCCGAUGAUCCGUGCCGCCAUCCUCCUAUCCGUCUUCGUUUAUCUCGAUGCUGCCGCGAACACCGUCACUGUGGCCAAGGAGGAGUGCAGGAAAAGGAUAGCCGAGUGCACAAUGAGUGACGGCGCGAGCACACCGGUAUGUGGGAGCGACGGUGUUACGUAUUCGAGUCAGUGUCAGGUCAUCUCAAAGCAGUGUCAAGGCAUGUCUAUUCUUAUCAAACACACUGGCCCUUGUCCAGAGACGCCAGCGUGUUUCUCCGCAAGGCUGACCGCCAGGCCAGGCGCACGACCAGUAUGUCGUCCCGAUGGCACUUACGCACCGGUGCAAUGUCACGAGGAAACCGGGUACUGUUGGUGCGUGACACCGCAGGGCAGACCGCUGCCCGACACCUCGGUAAGACACCAAAGACCAAGAUGUUUGAAACCUGGUCCCAGAUCUGCUGCUUCCACCAGGAGCGGCCAAAGGAGGCGCUCGCCGAACUGGAAGCAGCGAAGGCAGUACAGCAGUAAGCACAGGAACACCUGCGAUCGCGCGGAGAAGUCCAAGUUUAACGGGAACCUAAUCGAGAACUUCAAGAUCGAGUACAGGCGGACCAACAUCUCCACCGACGGUGACAAGAACGUGGAGCGUGUGUUGUCGUGGAAAUUCGUCACCCUGGACAAAAACGGCGACGGCUACCUGGACAGGGCCGAGUACAAGGAGCUCCGGAGGCUCGCGAAGAAGGCGGUAAGACCGAAGAAAUGUGCCCGCACGUUCGCCCGCACGUGCGACCUAAAUCGGGAUUUGAAACUCUCCAGGCAAGAAUGGGGUGCCUGCCUUGCGAACGACUUCACUCACGAGCGCCCCGAGGUCCCUGAGGCCCAGAGGACCCGGGCCACGGACCAAGUGUUGAAAGGGAAUCCUGCUCCAGUGCAUUCUCGACCAACGUUCACCGAUGAUCCAACGGACACCAAGGAAGAUAGCGAUGCAAAUGAUUGUUUGACGGAUAGACGAUCCGUGUUGGAAGACGAGAGACAACAUUCUCAAGAGAAGUUCUAUGUACCUGAAUGUACUCCCGAUGGAAGGUAUCACCGAGUGCAAUGUUACUCUGGUUACUGUUGGUGCGUCUAUCAAGAUACCGGCAAGCCAAUUCCUGGAACAUCUUCUAAAGACCGCACUCCAAAUUGUAAUCCAGUACCUACCCCUAGCAGACCCAUGAAGGGUUGUCCAGAGCAAAAGAAACAACUGUUUCUGCGCGAUUUAAUGGAUUUAAUGCAAAAGAAGAUGAAGGCUUCCAGUACAGACUCCGAAGAAACAACAGCUAAGUGGCAAGCUUCUAAAGAGGAACAAACAGCGACUUGGCACUUCGUUAUGCUCGAUAAGAACAAGAACAAGGUUCUGGAAAGAAAAGAAUGGAAAAGUUUCCGUACAAUGGUGGCAAGCAAUAGACAGCUUCAGAGAUGUGGCAAAAGAUUACCCCGAUACUGUGAUAUUAACAAUGACAGAAGGAUCAGUAUGACUGAGUGGCUCAGUUGUUUAAACGCGCAACGGCCAACGCCAUCUGACAGCACGGAGAAAGCGUCUACGAGUAAACCGAAGAGAAUGGGUCCGAAUCCAUUGGAUCAGCUUCUUAAAAACGACGACGAUUAGAAAUAUAUAGAUAUGUGAUAUAAUUAAUGUGUGUUCGUCAUUUCAUCGAUAUGUCACAGUGAUCAUUCAUUUAAUACGCUGAUCGUAACACGAGCAAUGGAACUUUCACGAGAAAGCCAGUUACUGUUAACAGAAUUUUAUUUGUAUUUUUAUAUCCGGUGAUGAAUACCACUGUCACGUCAUUUAUUUUAAUCACCUCACAGAUUGAUAAUACGAUAGUGUAUUUUAGCAUAAUAACGAUAUAGUUUUAAGGAUAAGAAUAACAAAGUAUUACGGGCAUACGAUCGUGUACAUAUUAAAUAUCUUCUUCUCGGUGCUACGCGCAACGCUGCUUUUUCAUGACCACGAUAACGCGAACGCGAAAUUAUGUGAACAAUCGCUGAAUACUAUUGAACUCGCUAAUUGUCUUUCGUUGCAUGAGUACUACUCAAAAUUGUUUACUUUAAGCUUAGUAAAUUUAGGCUCGCACGUGUUUAAGAUUUCUUUUAUAAUUAUUAACACUAUCGACCUUGAGACAAUUGUACAAUUGAAAUUUGUUUAUUAAAAUAAAUCUUGUUUUGACAUAAAACAA